CAAUAGGAAUAAUAAUAAAAAAAAACUUAUUUCUAAUUAGUGAAAAAUCGUGUUUUGUGAUUUUAAUUUAGGAAAUGUGUGUUAGGAUUUUUUAAUGAACAAUUAUUUGUAGCAGUAUAAUUUUGUGUAAACAAUGGUCUCGUUGGAAUUAAGUAUUUUAACCUUAAAUGUUUGGGGCAUACCUUUUGUAUCCGCUGAUAGAGCGGAGCGUAUGCAAAAUAUUGGCAAGGAGUUGGCUAGUGGCAAAUAUGAUAUUGUAUCACUGCAGGAGGUGUGGACAGAGAAAGACAGUGUCAAUUUGCAGGAGCUAACCAAGGCAGUGCUACCAUAUGCUCAUUAUUUCUAUAGUGGUGUGAUUGGAGCUGGCUUAUUGGUUUUAUCAAAAUAUCCCAUUGUUACUAGUUUGUUUCAUUCAUGGACCGUCAAUGGCUAUUGCCAUCGUAUACAACAUGCUGAUUGGUUUGGUGGCAAGGGUGUGGGCAUGUGUAGAAUACGAGUUGGUGAUCUCUAUGUACACGUUUACAAUGCUCAUUUACAUGCUGAAUAUAAUAUUAAAAAUGAUGAUUACAAGACACAUCGUGUCAUACAAGCAUUUGAUACUGCUCAAUUUAUAGAGGCUACUCGCUGGGAUGCGGCCGUACAAGUAUUGGCCGGCGAUUUAAAUACUAAACCAACUGAUAUUUCUUACAAGGUUCUACUCUACACCUCCCAAAUGAAAGACACUUGCAACUCCGACACAAUAUCGACCAAUGAAAGCAAACAAAAUUCGUACACCUCCAAAAAAGUUCUAGCUCGUAAUCCCCUCGGUUUUCGCAUCGAUCAUAUAUUCCUACGUAGUUCGGACAAGAUAAAAACUUCUAUAUUAGAAUACAAAUUACCUCUGCCGGAUCGGGUGCCUGGACAAAAAUUCAGCUAUUCAGAUCAUGAGGGUGUACAGGUGCGUUUAAGACUGCAGCAGAAACAAGAUGGUGAUACCUGUUCCAUACGGCAUAUAAAUGCCUGCAUCGAAGGAGAAGAUGCCGGAGAAGACGAAAAUGAAGACACUAUGCGUGAUGUUAAAUUAACACCACCCCAGACACCAGUUAUAACUAAUGGCCACUCAGUUGUAGCAGAAGAUGAAUGUCCCAGUGAUGAGCCUAGAUUACCCAAAAAUUUAGCCAUUAUUAAAGAGUCCAUAGCAUUGUGUGAAGAACAUUUGAAGAAAUUGAAAACAGAUCGUAUUAUUUACUUUACAAUUGCUGCAAUUCUAUUGGCUUGCCUCAUAGUGAUGGCAGAGUUUCCGGUGCCUGUUGGCUAUAAGACUUUAUAUUUAUUGCUCAAGCUUUUGGUAUUUGCCAUUAUACUCUUCUGUACAUUUAUGGGUUCCAUUUGGAAUCUAAUGGAACGUAAUGGUACUUUAUCGGGUAAAACGUCUAUGGAGAUUAAAUUGCAAACAUCUCAGUAUGUGAACUUGAAACGAGAUUGACCACAAUUGUUGACCAUUAUUAUUAAUGGUAGUGGUGUGCCAUCAUUAACAGCAGUCAGUAGUAAAAGUAGUAGUACUAUGUCGAUGAACCCAGAUCCUUCCAUAAUGAUACCACCAUUAAGUAAAGCUCAAUAAGCAUUUAAUAUUUAAAUCAAAAUAUCUCUUUUCCAAGUAAACAAUCUAUACAAUAUUUAAAAUGAUUUCCUUUUAAAAAAUAUCCUUCUACUUAUGUAUAAUAAAAUUAUGUCCUGUUGCUUUUGUUCAUUCCUAUACUAUUUGAAUGUGCUUAAUUAGUUUAGUUUGUUUUCUUUUUAUUACUUGUUAUGUUUCAUUAUCGCUUAUACAAGUAAACGAUUUAUUUAGUUUUAAAUAAGUUUAAUAUUAAUGUGUAUUUCAAUUAAAAUUAAAUUUCAAAAUAAAGUGCAAUUUUGUUUUCAGUCAAGUGAAA